AUAAAUGUAUGUAUGUAUUUGUCUGUUUUCUUUCAAACGGAAUCUCGGAUUAUCACUCACAUAUAAACAAUCACAUCACUCCUCGCCACCAAGAUGUACGAUGUGCAAAUCCCUUUUUCCAUUACUUUUUUUUUCUUCUUUCCUUGCACAGGUUUUGCUGUUACUUUAACAUGUCCACUUACCCUACAUACCCACUCACUUAUUUUUCUGCACGGCGACCAGAGAUCGUAUAAGCCAGACCAGAUGCCAAGCCCUAUAAACUUUAUGUUUGCUCCAUGUAUGUACUUAUACCGUCUGGCCUCACGAGAUUUAGUCAUCCAUCCAUUCAAAUGCAGUGCAGUAAUGCCAGCAGUUGGGGAUUUCCGGCGAGAAUGCUUUGUAACAAAUAGUUUAGGAAUCAUCUUAAAACACUUUAUUUUUGAAAACUGGCUUCAAAAGAUUCUUACUGACUGACUUUAGACACCCUUUUUUCCAUGUAUACAACGGGGAAAGUAGUAAAGUACCCGAUUGGGUUGAUUCGCUUUGCAAAAUUUAGAAUCCGGGUAAAUAAAACCCCAUGCAGUAAAGUUUACGUUGGUCACCAAACCAGGGGAGUGAACGGUAUCGUGUCUCACUCCGAGAAAAUGCUCAGUCAGUCUCAACUCAUCCUUCCACAGGGUUGAGUUCUCUCGUCCUCGCAUUUUCUCGCUCGUGGUAACACCCGUAGUGCCAACGACACCACUUUUUGCGAAUUGAAAAUCUCUAGACAUAAAAUAAAAAACACAACCACACUCUGACUCGAUGAACCGAGAAAAACUUUUGCACAAAGGAAAUUUUCCAACCUAUUGAAAUGCAGAUUAAAUUUAUUCCGACAAAAACAACUUGCUAAUUACUGGUGCAAAUUGAUGGGCGAUAUUUGCUUAAUUCAUGUCAUACAGCACCACAAUACUUUGUUAUUACUUGUGUAAACCAACUAUCUGCCACUGUUUUGCCAUCCGCCCAAGUGUGUGUACUUUGCAACUUGUCAUAUCCAUACUACGGGGAAGAAUUGCGUAAGUACAUAUAAAUCCCUUCUGUACUCGGCCACACAACAAAAAAGCAAAAUGACAUUCUAUGACAUUCUCAACCUUUAAGUGUAAUCCACUCCAGUUCAGGUUGCUGUUUUUUUCUUCUCUUGGGGCGAUAUCAUAGUGUAGAGAAAAAUCUUCAGUUUCAUUCCAUCCUCUGAGAGAGAGAGUGAGUGACAUAUUUAUUUCCGCGAGUUUUUCCCCAAAAAUGCAACAGACAAAGUCGCUCAUGACUUGACGUGGACAUCCCAAAAAACUAAUUUCAUUUAUGCAAUUCCUCGUAAUACGAGUGACAGACAGGUUGGUUCGUUGGUUGCCUGUGGCUUGUGGCGAAUAGAGUGACUUUGUGACACGGCAAUCCGUAGUCUCGCUGUGCAAGACAACAGGUUGCACUCACUUUUACCAAGAAAGGUGAACAAAGAGACAAAAUGAUGAGAAUCUUUCUCCCCUCGAGUUAAAGUGAGAAAGUUCUCCACUUACCCCGACCGAGAUGCUGGCUUCUUUUAUCCGAGAAAAAGUUGCUGGCCAUUUUGGAAAAAUUACAAAGUCAGAUUAAUGGAGAAUAUCAAGACUUCAACUUGGAUUCACUAAAGAAAAUGGACCCUGAACAAUAGAAAAAUACUACAGACAUCAAAUUAACCUUUGUUCAUAAAACAUGUGUUGCAAUCAUUGUGUUUGUGGUUCCAUCAUUCGCCAAUAACUAUGCGACACUCGUCGACAUUUCCCCUUCUCGUCCUCCUCGCGGGGAUGAUCACUCCGGGACGAACGGUGAUUGGGCGUCCGCCAAACUUUCCGGAAGGGUGGAACAACCCUCUGCUCUCUAACGUGACCGUCCCAUUUCUCGAUGCCGACUCCUCCAGCGGUGGGGAUGAGGUGCCCCUUUGUCGUCACAAGUCCUACUUGCCCAGCGCCCUCUUCGAGUGGGACACGUGCGCCUGGUGUUAUCGAUACAUGCACAAUGUUUCGAUUACGUUUGGAUCUCCAUCCAAAAAAUUCCACACCCAACUCGUGUUCUGGACGAAAGGAGAAUACACUUUCCGAAUAUUGGUGAUGGUUGGGAAUAAUUCUCUGAUCUUGGCCAACGCAUCCGACGUGGAGAGCCCCGUCUGGGAUACGUUUGAUACAGCAGGUGCUAAAAAGGAUUGGGCAGAUUGCUGCAAUGCUGCGAGAGAUUGUUGCCACCGUCAACUUGACCAGGCUCGAGAUGUUGGAGAUGCCCCCGUUUUGCGGCAAGAAGAAUCAUCCUGGGAGCUCGUUAUUCCGGAACGGUCGACAUGUCCGCCAACGUGGGAUGGGUGGCAAUGCUGGGACAGCACCCAAGCGGGGGUGACCGCGUCGAGUUUCUGCCCCCCGUACAUCUAUUUCCUUACGGAGCCACCUACUUGCACGAUCCCUGUGGAGAAAGAAUGCACCUCAAGUGCACAUUGGCUCCGGAAGAACAACGGAACUGGGGAUGAAUGGACAGACUACCAGAUUUGCGGUUCUGCUACCGUUUCCCUGCAGCUGAGAAGGACCUAUGUUCUCAUAUCGGCUUACGCCUUGUCCAUCGUCGCCAUUAUUCCUGCCCUUUGUAUCUUCUUUGCAUACAAACAACUUCGUGUCCACCGGAUCAUCCUACAUCGGAACUUGUUCAUCUCCAUGCUGUUGAACGGCGUGCUUGUAAUCCUGUUCAAGACGGUUGUUAUGUUGAACGAAAUUCAGCACAAGGGCAGCUCCAUAGUAGAAGAAAAUAGCAUCAGCUGCCGGCUCCUUUUGAUCCUGACUAAAUACUCGAGAAUGACCAACUACAUGAUGAUGUUUUGCGAAGGAUACUAUCUGCAUAAAUUAAUUGCUGCUGCAUUCGCCGAGCAGAAGUCGUUGAUUGUAUUUCAUCUGCUUGGAUGGGUGUUUCCAAUUUUCCCAACGGUCAUUUACACCGUGUACCGCAUUGGCUGGGCGAAUUCGAAUUGCUGGGUAGUGCCAGAAGAAGCAUGGGAAUGGGUACUAAACGGACCCAGCCUUCUCUCUCUCAUUGUAAACGCCCUCUUUCUCAUCAAUAUUAUUCGUGUCCUUGUCACAAAAUUAAGGGCAACACAUGCCCAAGAGCCAAGUCAGUACAGGAAAGCAGUCCGAGCAACACUCGUCCUCCUCCCACUUUUUGGACUGCACUUCCUCGUCACAAUAUAUCGACCUCCCACAUCAACAGGGGUUUGCCUCUGGACGGAAAUUUAUUUUUAUGCAAAUGAUAUAUUAGAUGGCAUUCAAGGGUUUAUGGUGGCCCUUAUCUUUUGUUACUUUAACGGAGAGGUGUCGACUCUUCUAAAAAGGAGCUGGAUGCGUUUUAAGGAGACUUAUCUGGGUGCCGAGGGUUCCAAUACUCGUAACAGGAGGCAUGGGUCCUUUGGUAGGAGCGUGGUCUCUACACAUGUCUACUCUUCGGGUAGACUGCAUGCAAUAAAAUUGCCGCCGUCCCCAGAAACGAACUGCAUGUCAGUCAUGGACGUGGGAGGUGGUGUGAACUCUAAUAAUUCCCCAAACUUGUUAAAUGCCAAUAACGCCAACAAUUUAUUGGCCGUAAAUGGGAACAACAAAGCGGUCAACUUGAUGGUAACCACUAAAAGUGGGGUGGAGUCCUCUUGUGUGUAAGAGGACGAGGCUUCUUCAACGUUUGAGAUUUGCCUGAUAUUACGAUUAUGAAAUGCAUAGCAUAGUAAUUUCAGGAAACAAGAAAUUACUUUAUAUUACCCGUACAGAUAUAUUUAUGUGCGUACUGAUAAUAGUGAUAAUUUACUCGUUGCUUACGAUUAUUUUAGUGAUUAAGGUGAGUGACAAGAGUCAAAAGGGCUCCUACAUAUGUACAUACAUAUAUUAUUGAUAAAAUUGUACUUUAUAAAUUUUGUGUCUAUUAUGACGUCUUGUUUCGCUCUGCCAGCUUAAAUGAAUGUGCUACAAAUGUUUAACAAAUUAAUAAAAUUGGAAUCGUUGUAUGUUUUA